AGAACCCAAGGGAGCCAGGCUGGGCUGCCGGGGGCUGCUGCAGACAUGGAAGGCCAGACCAGGAGUGGUAGUGCCAGGCCGGGGACCAGGACUGGACUGGGACCCUUGCCUGGGACUCAUGGGGCUUUGCAAGCUGAGAUACCCUCGAAGAAGGUAAACUCAAGUUUUCAGCUUCCAGCAAAGAACUCGGGCCCAGCAUCUUCGGAACCAAGGUUGACCCUGGCACCUGUGGGACCACGAGCAGCUGUGUCACCUCCUUCAGAGAGGCCAAGACUGGUUUUGUCAUCUCCCCGACCCAUCCUAGCGCCACUGUCCAUCGCUGGAGAACAGAAAAGGCCUCCGCCCCCUCACAGCUCCAACAGAGCAGCCACGUCUGUGGGCCAACUGGUAGUAUCUGCUGCUGCAGGAUCCAAGCCUCCACCAGUCGCCUCAGUCUCAAUCCUGGCUCCGAAGUCUCUGGGGCAGCUAGUAAUAUCUGCCUCUGCUAUGUCAAGGCCAUCUCCGGCUCCUCUGGGGUCCGUCCUAACUCCAACUUCCAGGGAUCAGAAGCAGUUAUCACCCACCUCUGUGGGACCUAAGCCAGCAUUGGCAACCUCAGGCCUAAGCCUAGCGCUGGCCUCUCAGGAGCAGCCCCCGCAGUCCCCCUCCAGUCCUUCCCCUGUGCCGAGUCCCGUUCUGUCACCCUCUCAGGAGGGUCACCUGGCUGCAGCAUCUGUGACAUCUACCCCAGCUUCUGAAAGACAGUUGCCGGCUAGACAGAAGGAUACCGCAGUUCCCAGGCCCACUCCUCCUGCAGACGGGAGUCUCUACACUCCAGAGCGGGCAGCUGGUCCCGCCACCUCUCCACCAAGGGCCCAAGCUUCCUCAGACCCUCGGCUUUCCCCCUCUUUCCGCGCGAGACCAGAGGCUCCACGCCACAGCCCAGAGGAUCCCGUCUUGCCACCGCCACCGCAGACCCUGCCCUUGGAUGUGAGCCCAGGCCUUCCAGAGUCUGGCACCCGUUCCCCUGGACUUCUGUCCCCUACCUUUCGGCCAGGAAUCCCUUCAAGCCAGACUGUGCCCCCACCUCUGCCCAAGCCACCUCGGUCUCCCAGCCGUUCCCCGAGUCGCUCUCCCAACCGCUCUCCCUGUUUGCCCCCAGCCCCUGAGGUGGCAGUCCCAAGACCUGUCACCCAGGCUGCAGGGCCUGGCAGGUGCCCAAGCCCUAACCUACAGGUACAAGAAAGCCCAGCAGCCACCGCCACCACCACCUCACCAACAUCUUCUUGGUCAGCUCAGCCUACCUGCAAGAGCGACCCUGGAUUCCGGAUCACUGUGGUUACAUGGAAUGUGGGGACCGCCAUGCCCCCUGACGAUGUCACAUCUCUUCUUCACCUGGGCAGUGGCCACGACAAUGAUGGUGCAGAUAUGAUUGCCAUAGGGUUGCAAGAAGUCAACUCCAUGAUCAACAAGCGGCUCAAGGAUGCUCUCUUUACCGACCAGUGGAGUGAGCUCUUCAUGGAUGCACUGGGGCCUUUCAACUUCGUGCUGGUGAGCACCGUGAGGAUGCAGGGCGUCAUUCUGCUGCUCUUUGCCAAGUACUACCACCUACCCUUCCUACGGGAUGUGCAGACAGACUGUACUCGUACUGGCCUGGGUGGCUACUGGGGUAACAAGGGCGGAGUAAGUGUGCGCUUAGCAGCCUUCGGGCACAUGCUGUGCUUCCUAAACUGCCACUUGCCCGCACACAUGGACAAGGCAGAACAGCGCAAGGAUAACUUUCAAACUAUCCUUAGCCUCCAGCAAUUCCAGGGACCUGGUGCACACGGCAUCCUGGAUCAUGAUCUUGUAUUCUGGUUUGGGGACCUGAACUUCCGCAUUGAGAGCUAUGACCUACACUUUGUCAAGUUCGCCAUAGACAGCAACCAACUCCAUCAGCUCUGGGAGAAGGACCAGCUCAACAUGGCCAAGAGCACUUGGCCCAUCUUGAAAGGUUUCCAGGAAGGGCCCCUUAACUUUGCUCCCACCUUCAAGUUUGACGUGGGUACCAACAAAUAUGAUACCAGUGCCAAAAAGCGGAAGCCUGCCUGGACAGAUCGCAUUCUGUGGAAGGUCAAGGCUCCAAGUGGAGGUCCCAGUCCCUCAGGAAGAGAGAGCCAUAGGCUCCAGGUGACCCAGCACAGCUACCGCAGCCACAUGGAGUACACUGUCAGUGACCACAAGCCUGUUGCUGCCCAGUUCAUUCUGCAGUUUGCCUUCAGGGAUGAUGUUCCUCUGGUGCGGCUGGAGGUAGCCGAUGAAUGGGCAAGGCCAGAGCAGGCUGUGGUGAGGUACCGCGUGGAAACAGUAUUUGCCCGAAGCUCCUGGGACUGGAUCGGCUUGUACCGGGUGGGCUUCCGUCACUGUAAGGACUAUGUGGCUUACGUCUGGGCCAAGCAUGAGGAAGUGGAUGGGAAUAUCUACCAGGUGACCUUCAGUGAGGAGUCACUGCCCAAGGGCCACGGAGACUUCAUUCUGGGUUACUAUAGCCACCACCACAGCAUCCUCAUUGGUGUCACAGAACCCUUUCAGACCAGUAGCCCAACCUCACUGGGUCUGCCAACGGGGAAGGAGGGAGUGGGCAGGCUAAAGAGUGGAGUUGCCCCAGCGGCCAGUGUUCUCUCCAGAUCUCGCUGCCUACCUCAGAAUCUGCCAGCAGCAGCACAGAUAGCUCAGGCACCAGCUCGGAGGGGGAGGAUGACAGCACACUGGAGCUGCUGGCACCCAAGUCCCGCAGCCCCAGCCCUGGCAAGUCCAAGAGACACCGUAGUCGCAGCCCUGGCCUAGCCCGCUUCCCCAGUCUCGCUCUCCAUCCCUCGUCCCGUGAACGCCGCCGUGGUGGCAGCCGAAGUCCCUCGCCCCAGAGCCGCCAACUGCCUCGGGUAGCCCCUGACAGGGGGCACAGUAGUGGCAGCCGAGGUAGUAGUGAGGAGGGGCCCUCUGGGCUGCCUGGACCCUGGGCCUUCCCACCCUCUGUGCCUCGAAGCCUGGGCCUGCUUCCAGCCUUGCGCCUGGAGACCGUAGACCCUGGUGGUGGAGGCUCCUGGGGAGCUGACCAGGAGGCCCCUGACCCUAAUAACCUGUCCCCUAGCCCCCAGGGCAGACUGGGGCUGGAGGAAGGGGGUUUGGGGCCCUGAUGGGGGAGGCAGACGGCCUAGACAGUCUCAUUCUGCCUAUCUUCCACAAGCCUGCCUGCCUGCCUCUCUCUUGCUGCUGCUCCAGCCGUUAACCACAUCUGCCACUCUGUCUUGGCCAGGAGUGGCCUACUGGGGGGUCCCCAAACUCAGUCCUGGCACCACCUCAACUGUGACAAUCAGCAAAGCCUCGCCUGGGCCCUCAUGUGGGAUGAUGGGGGGAACGGACAGAUAUUCCCAUCUUGGAGGUCAUCCAUUAGGAAUUAAAUUCUCCAGCUUCA